AUCGCGAUAGAAGAGCGAGAUCGGCGCUGGCCCUUUAACAGCCCCUUCCCGGGGGCCUGCCCCGCGCGUGCGCACUGCGGUCCUGCGCUUGUCAUCAUGGCGACGCGGGGCCAUGUGCAGGACCCUAACGACAGGCGCCUCCGACCCAUUUACGAUUAUCUUGAUAAUGGUAAUAAUAAAAUGGCAAUUCAGCAAGCAGAUAAGUUGUUGAAAAAGCAUAAAGAUCUUCAUUGUGCUAAGGUGUUAAAGGCAAUUGGUUUACAGAGAACUGGAAAGCAAGAGGAAGCUUUCAUCUUGGCACAGGAGGUGGCCGCUCUUGAACCCACAGAUGACAACUCGCUGCAGGCACUGACUAUUCUUUACCGGGAGAUGCACCGACCGGAGUUAGUCACAAAACUUUAUGAGGCAGCUGUGAAGAAGGUUCCCAAUAGUGAGGAAUAUCACUCUCACCUCUUCAUGGCCUAUGCCAGAGUGGGCGAAUACAAGAAAAUGCAACAGGCUGGCAUGGCUCUAUAUAAGAUUGUCCCCAAAAACCCUUACUACUUUUGGUCUGUGAUGAGCUUAAUUAUGCAAUCUAUAUCAGCACAGGAUGAAAACCUCUCAAAAACAAUGUUUCUGCCCCUGGCUGAGAGAAUGGUAGAAAAAAUGGUGAAAGAGGACAAGAUAGAAGCAGAGGCUGAAGUUGAACUUUAUUAUAUGAUCCUGGAACGUUUGGGAAAGUACCAGGAAGCCUUGGAUGUUAUCAGAGGAAAAUUAGGAGAGAAGUUGACAAGUGAGAUUCAGAGUCGGGAAAAUAAAUGCAUGGCUAUGUACAAGAAACUGAGCAGGUGGCCAGAGUGUAACGCCCUUUCUCGGCGCCUCUUACUGAAAAACUCAGAUGACUGGCAGUUCUAUCUGACUUAUUUCGAUUCUGUCUUUCGACUGAUUGAAGAGGCCUGGACUCCUCCUGCUGAAGGUGAACACUCUUUAGAAGGAGAAGUACAUUAUUCUGCAGAAGAAGCUGUGAGGUUUAUAGAAGAUCGGAUAACAGAAGAAUCUAAAAAUUCUCGCCAUCUCCGAGGACCACAUCUAGCUAAACUGGAGCUGAUUAGACGUUUACGACGUCAGGGUUUUAAUGAUGAGUACAAACUGGGUGAUCCAGAGGAAUUAAUGUUCCAGUAUUUUAAAAAGUUUGGGGAUAAACCUUGUUGUUUCACAGACCUCAAGGUGUUUGUUGACCUCUUGCCUGCUACACAGUGUACAAAAUUUAUUAAUCAGUUACUCGGAGUGGUUCCUUUGUCAACACCAACAGAGGAUAAGCUGGCACUGCCUGCCGACAUCAGAGCCCUGCAGCGACAUUUGUGUGUGGUGCAGCUGACGAGGUUACUUGGCUUGUACCACACGAUGGAUAAGAACCAGAAGCUGAGUGUGGUCAGAGAACUGAUGUUAAGGUACCAGCAUGGACUGGAAUUUGGGAAAUCCUGUUUGAAAACCGAAUUGCAAUUUUCAGACUAUUACUGUCUCCUUGCUGUCCAUGUGCUUAUUGAUGUAUGGAGAGAAACAGGUGAUGAGACCGCUGUGUGGCAGGCCCUGACUUUGUUGGAAGAGGGACUGACUCACAGCCCUUCCAAUGCUCAAUUCAAAUUGCUGCUUGUUCGAAUCUACUGUAUGCUGGGGGCGUUUGAACCAGUGGUGGAUCUGUACUCCAGCCUUGAUGCUAAGCAUAUCCAGCAUGACACCAUUGGUUAUCUUCUGACCCGAUAUGCCGCAUCCCUAGGCCAGUAUGCUGCUGCAUCCCAAUCGUGUAACUUCGCACUCAGGUUUUUCCACUCCAACCAGAAAGAUACCUCAGAAUAUAUUAUUCAAGCUUACAAAUAUGGUGCAUUUGAGAAGAUCCCAGAGUUUAUCGCUUUUAGGAACAGGCUGAAUAAUUCUCUUCAUUUUGCACAAGUCCGUACUGAGCGGAUGUUGUUAGACCUUCUACUUGAAGCAAAUAUAUCAACCAGCUUAGCAGAAAGUAUAAAGUCAAUGAAUCUUCGGCCAGAAGAAGAUGACAUUCCAUGGGAAGCCUUGCGAGACAACAGAGACUUAAAUGUUUUCUUUAGCUGGGAUCCAAAAGACAGGGAUGUUUCUGAAGAACAUAAGAAACUUUCCCUGGAGGAGGAGACAAUGUGGUUAAGAAUCCGUUCCUUAACGUUGAGGCUAAUCAGUGGACUUCCAAGUCUUAACCACUCUGUUGGGCCAAAGAACUCAGAGAAGACCACUGAGAAUGGAGUAUCCUCCCGGAUUGAUAUUCUCCGUUUGCUCCUUCAACAGCUGGAGGUGGCGCUGGAGACGGGAAAGCGAUUUAUUGAGAAGGACAUUCAGUACCCUUUCCUUGGUCCUGUACCUACCAGAAUGGCUGGAUUCUUUAAUUCUGGCUGUUCUCAGUGUCAGACCAGCUCUUUUUAUCUUGUUAGCGAUAUUUAUGAGCUGGACAUCAAUGGUUUAGAGGAUACAGUGGAGAUCCAGGAGCGAGUAGAGAAUAGCCUUAAGUCUUUACUAGAACAAUUAAAAGAUGUCUUCAGUAAAUGUAAAGGUGACCUCUUAGAAGUUAAAGAUGGUAACUUGAAAACACAUCCUACUCUUUUAGAAAAUCUAGUCUUCUUGGUUGAGACUAUUUCUAUUAUCCUUUGGGUGUCCAGUUACUGUGAGAGUGUCCUGCGACCAUACAAAUUAAAUUUACAGAAAAAGAAGAAGAAGAAAAAAGAAACUAGUAUCAUCAUGCCACCUGUUUUUACCAGUUUUCAAGACUAUGUUACUGGGCUUCAGACUUUAAUUUCCAAUGUUGUGGAUCAUAUUAAAGGACUUGAAACACAUCUAAUUGCACUUAAACUUGAAGAACUUAUUUUAGAAGACACUUCCCUCUCACUGGAAGAGAGAAAAUUUUCAAAGACUGUACAAGGGAAAGUGCAGAGCAGUUAUCUGCACUCACUUCUGGAAAUUGGGGAGCUGCUGAAAAAAAGACUUGAGACCACAAAGAAACUAAAAAUUUAAAAGUUAGUGUGAACCACAGGCACUGAUGAUUCUACAAGAGAAAAUGACAUCAUAUUUCCAGGCAAAAACUACAUCUGGUUGACCAUCAUUUUAAAUCCAGAACUUCCUCAUAAAAUGCAUGAAGGACUUUGAUUGUGAAUUAAUUUUUUAGGUAUUAAAUGUAUACAACUGAUUAAAUUAUUGUAUAUAAUUCAGAAGCAGGACCCUUGUCUGGGUUUGACCACUUUUUAUACAUGUUCAUAUGCAUAUGGCAGCCACAAGAGAACCCCACUUUUCUUCUUCCCUUCUAUCACCAGAAACAUCUGGUGGUUGGUGGUGGUGGUUGGGGGUGUCCUAUAAAAGCAGCAAUAGAAACUAAGCAUAAAGCAUUGAACUCAGAGCAGCUGAAUGGCCCUACCAUUAUAGCAGUGGGUGUUUUGGUCUGGUCCUUGAGCCUUAGGAAGCAGGAAGCCAGUAGAGGGGGACCAUGAUUGGGAGCAGGCCCUCUUUCCAGCUGCUUAGCUCUCGCAAAACCCAAGGUAGGUACUCAAAGGGCUUCCAAUUAAAUUUGGCCUAAGCACCUGCCACUGAAGGGCAUCACUCAGAUGAUCACAGGCCCUCAUUUUUUGGCUUAAUAACGCCAGUGGCCAAGAUAUCCCCAUCCUGGCUCCUGCGAGAGUUAAAUCAGAGACAGGCUUCUGUUAACUUACAGCUGUUUGGAGGGGAAAGUAGUACAGACCACUUAUAAGCCUGCUGAGGACUAGCUUGCUAUCUUUUGUCUGUUUGGGAAAGACAGGAAUCACUGUUUUAAAGAAGAGAGGUGUACAUAAUUUAUGCAGGCAAGUCUAAUACCAGUGUCAUUGAUUUUGUGAGAUAUAUAUAUAUGUAUAUGCUUUUACAUAUAUACGUAUAUUUUCAGGCAUAUAUACAUAUAUGUGUAUAUAUGCUUGAAAGUAAAGAUUUAAUAUUUAGUGUUUUUUAAGUGGGGGGUUUGGGAAGGAAGAAAGGAAAGAAUGUAUAUUAAUAUGGAUUUAAUCUAGGUUUUAAGUUUUAGGCUGGCAAAAGAAACAUUACCAGUUGGGUUUGAGAUUGCAUUUACUUUUUUCAAACUUGAGAGCUAUACCAGGAUGGUGUUUAACCUUGUUCACCUGGAGCUCCCCAAGACUGUAGCUUCAGUGGUUGGUCUGACAGAAAAGGUAAACAUUGCUCUUGAAAAUGUUACACAUUUUAUACAAUUGCUUUGGUAAUUUUUUUGUGUUGGAAUCUGUGCUUUAGUCUUUGGUCUUUGUUAUCCAAAUAACAUUAAAGUUAGUAAUUCUGAAAAAGCAAAGAAAUGAAUUUGAUGAGGAAAUUCAAGUAUCUAAUGGAGGAUUGGUCUUGAAGGCCUUCCAAGUCCUCUCCAACUCACUUCUCCAGUGAAAUGUGGUACUUUUUUCUUUUAAAAGCAACCAGAAAAAGAGCUUGGAAAAUCUGUUUAUGCAAAGCAAUUGCAUUUUGUUUCCAUCAUUUCGACUUUAGAUUCACAAUUUGAUAGGGUGAUAAGUGUCUCAACUUGCAAGGAAACUGUUUUGAAAAUUACCAAAUUACCUUUUCAAAAUAAGACUUGUUGGAAAUCUUAGUCCAUCCAGUAAUUUCAAAAAACUAGUUUUGUUGUUAAUUGGUAGCCACAACUGUCAUACCCCAUCCCAAAAGGAAAGAACUGCUUUGAACAAGAUGAAUUAAAAAUUGAUUGAUUCCAAAUCUAAUUUAAUAACAUAACAUUUCAUGAAACUAUGGCCUAUUUAGAUGGAACUUUGUGGAUGGGGGGUGGGGCUCUGUGUGUACGGCAUGUGUUCUUGAAAUGAUGUUUCUCUGAAUAUCCAAAAAUACUGUACAUAGAAGUAGAAAUGCUCUUCGAAACAAGUCUAUCAGCUGACCAUGAUCAUUCUAGAAUGUGUGUGCUCAGUGAGCUGGCCUUGGUCCUCAGGGACAGUGUGUGACUCAGUGGUCUGCCUAGCUGUUCUCUUUCCUAGGGGCGUCUGGGUCCUCUACUGGUUUCAGUGACAAAUAAUGUUACAUUGGGGUUAUGCUUGUUACUUACUGAUUUCCCCACUAAAUGUAGCAUUUCAAUUAGAUCCAACCUCUUACAUUUUGAGAGAAUUGUAAAAAGAAUGAAAUUAUGCAGAAAUGGCCAAUAUCUUUUAUUGAUCUGUUCUUUUGGAAACUGUCAUGCACUAUAAAUUGUGUACAGUUAAAAAAAAAAAAAUAUAUAUAUAUAUAUAUUCUUACAUGAGUAAAAAGCACCCUCUCCAGCAAUUGUAUGUCAUUGGUAUUUGAAGAGAAUUCCCAAAUAACUCAUUGCUGCUGCUGCUGUUUUUACUUUGUUUGGGUUUUUUGUUUUUAUUUUGUGUGGAAAAUUGAUAUUUAAAAAAAAAAGGAAAGGAGAAAAAAAAAAGACUACUGUUUACAGACUGAAAAAUUACUGCUUUUUAUACUACUGAGAUCCUAAGUUAAGACUCUCCAAAGCAAACAUUUGGUUUAAAUCAUAUAUCUGAUGUGGAUAAAAGGUAGAGAAAUUUUUAGUGUUCUCCACAUAAUGGAAAAUGUACAAAUGCCUAGUUGUGUUGCCCAUCAAUUUUGUAUAUUUUCAUAAUUUUAAUUGUUCAAAAUUGCAUUAUAUUUUGCAGUCACUAUGUUCAAUCUGGAUUUGUCUUUCAUUUUAACUUUUAAUAUAAAAAGGGGUUUCAAUGUAUCUACAGCCUUGUUAUUGAAACUCUACUUUUUUGCUCUGAUUUAUUAACAUGGGAAGCAUAUAUUCUUCCUUCUUCAGAAUUAAGUGAAGCAUAGCAGAUCUACUUUAAACUGGAUGGGUUGAUUUAUAUAAAACACUUUCAAUUUGGCACUUUUGCCUGGUUCAUUUUUGUUCGUGUUCUUAGAAGCCACAACUUUUUAAAUGGUGUAAUUCAUUUCAAUUUUGUAUUGUUAUAUUCCUCAGAAAAAAUGAUAAUACUUGUGAAUUUAAAAUUACUCCAAGGCCACACUGGUCCUUUUAAUAGCACCUUGCGCUUUAGUAUUCAUUCAUUCGAUUUAUACAUGUAUUGGGCAUUUAUUUACUGUGUGCCAGAUUCCAUGUUAGGCUCUGCUGAUACAAUCGUAAAUGAGACUGUGUAUCCUAGUUAGUGGCUGAAGUGGGGGAAGAGACAAUAAAGGUAAAUAUUAGUUUGUAAUUAAUUCCUGACUAAUAAAAUAUAAGUCAGGGUAUAUGACAGGCGGGGUCACCAGAGGACCUCUCAGGUGGUGCCAUCUGACCUGAAUGAUGAAGAGUCAGCCUUGGAAAAGGCAUGUUCCAGGAUUGGGAAAAAUGGCUCAAGUGCCUGGGACUUAAAGGAGUGGAAGAGGGGUACAGAUCGAGAUAGAAGGUGGAGUGGGGAUUAGAGCAAUCAGGAAAUUGUAGCCUGGGGAAGGAAUGAGAUUUCUAAAUUUAGUGGGAAGUUACUGGAGGAUUUCAGGCAGGCUGAUGACAUGGUUUUUUUUAUCCAAGAGUGUAUGAACCUACAGGCUGAGAUCAAACGUUUAUUCAUACAUGCAACACAGUGGGAAGAGCUGUUUUUCUUCCUAGUUUCCUUUCUGUCCUGUGAUAUUAAAUGCCCUUAAUUGAGCCCUGGAAAAGUCAGUUUUUGCUUCUUCAGUUAUGAAUUAAUGCCACCUCAACAUUUCUUUUUUUCCCCUUUAACAAAAAAAUGGGCACUUGGCUGUUUCUCACUGCCAUUUUUGAGUUCCUCAAAAGGUAGACUCAGGUUUAUAUUUUUUUCAUGUUCCCUGUUUUUGAGAUGCUGUCACUGCCUCGAUGCAGACAUGUUAUUUCAUAGUAACAAGCGGAGGGUAAGCAACCAUGAGCCAAAUGCUUAUAAAAAUUAUUUGUGGAGUACCUGUGUUUAUGCUUGAGCGUACAGGUUUUUUGCAACCUCAGCUUCCACAUACCUAGUAAAAGUGGGUCCCAGAUAAUGUACUGUUUACGGGUGAGAAAAGCAGUUAUUGCAGAUAAGGCUACUAAGGCCAGGCAGUAAGGUAAGGGAUGGGUAAGAUUCAAACUCUUAAGCAUUGAUGAAAUGAGCUAAAAAUCAGUGUCCCCCCACCUCACAUUCUUCAUCUUGAUUCUAUCUUAGAAGUUCUCUAUUGAAGAACCAUUCUUUCUUAAAGCAAUUCUAAUGCCUCGUGUGUGUGUGUAUACCACCAAUUACCAAGGACUAUUAGUAAAAUUACCCUUGGCACUAUUUGAGAUAACUUGCAGGUUCUUUAGAACAGGACUCAUGAAAAAAAAAAAAAAAAAGAACAGGACUCAUGUUGGCUCCAGGGGCUCAUUGUGCUUCAGUUUAUCUGGAAAUUCCCUUAAAAAUUAUGUAGCAUUUGAUUGUAGGAAGCCAUAGCCUUUAUUACAGUCUAGUUAGUAGCAUCUGAGCUACAGAAUAUUAGUAAUUAUAUGCUAAGAAGUAGAGGGAAGGAAUCCAUUGGACGUGUUAGGGAAGAUUUUUGUGUGGCAUAUACAAAUCACUGCAGAUUCUAAAUGAGAAACACGGCCUACCUUUAAUGAAAAAUAUUUAUGCAAAGAGUCUUUGAUGUAUGACAAUCCAGUCCUAUCCAACAGCCCACAUUUCUUCAACUCAAGACCCUAGGCUUAUAAUGAUAGAAGGCAUGGACCCAUCCAAUGAAAUGCCCUUGGGUGGGUUGCCACUUUUCUAUCUUUCCCCUUACAAUUGAGAAAUGGGACCACGUUCGAGGACUGAAUUUAGUUUUAGAGUCCUUUCUCUACCUGUCAUUUGUCUUACUCUAAUUUCUAUAAUACAACGAAUACUUCAUUCUUUGGAAAUGACUGUUUUAAGGUAGAUGAGAAAAAACUAGAACAGCUCAACAAGUUUACCAGUGAGAAGCAUGGAAAAAGAUCUUCCAGAUUUUUCAGUUAGAACUGAAAUAAUGAGUAGGGGAUAUACUGAAAUUACUGGGCCUAAUAUAUAAAUAGUUAUUCUUUUGCCAAAUAUUGAGAGUAUCCGUGCUGGCUAUGGGCAGGUGUUUAGGCUUAAACAUUUUUUAUCUAGUUGGUUUGAAUUGUUAGCCUAAGCUGUGGGAUUUUUUUUGUUGUUGUUCCAUCCAAUUAAACACAUGAGUUUUGCUAUA